UGGCCGCCGAGUCGCCUCCGACACGGUCAGCUUUCGCUGCGCGCCGCCUUGGGCGUAAUCUGACGUUUCCAUCCUCGCGUUCGUGGUUUAUUCUCACGGAGGGGGGAAAUUCAUUUGACCAGCUUCCCGUUUUGCCGACCAGGUUAUACCGGGGUUCGAGUGGAGCGAUGGACGCGCCAGACCCGUUUACGAGGCUCGAGAGGACUUUUCGGGUGGUUUGGAACUACAUAACAGACGCCGUGGGACGCCUCCUCAGGCCAGAGACUGCAAACGCACCAGACAACAGUGGGUCUGACUCACGCGAUGGGGAAAAAGGAAGUCUCCGUGCAGUUGGUGACGCCAGAGAACCGGGAGACGAGGAGGAACGGGGAAGUCCCACGACAGCCCCUGGGGACGCGUCAUCACGGUCGGCUGCAGCCUGGGACGCCGGGCAAGAAGAUGUGCAGUUCCCCUUACAGGUCAAUAGAGGGCACGGUUGUAUAGCGUCAGAGGAAGGCGGGGGGAAGCGAGACCGUAGCGGAGGUCCGCUAACCACAGAGGGGGAAGUUGAACAAGGCAGCGAUGGGAAGCUAAAACUUCACGGUAGAAGCUGGAGUGUGACUCAGGGGUCUGAUGAGCGGCAAGACUUGGGGAACAACGGGGAUCCCUUGCUCUUACAAUGUGCAGUAGAAGAAAACAUAAAAGACAUUUGCAAAGAGAGGGACAAGGCCGCUACAUCCCUUGUCCAAGAAGGAAGAAACAAAAGCCCUUUCCAAGUGGAGGAUGAAGAGGCAGCGGAGUAUUUCAAAGACCCAAACGAUGUCAGCAGUUUGGGGACAGAAGAACGCAAUAACAAACUGUGUAUGGAAGCGGACCUGAGUAUUGGGGAGGGGAGUGGUCAGUGCUCUGUAUCAGAGGGCUGGGAGAGGGAGGAGGAUGGAGAGGCAGGGGUGACAUAUGAGGUAGCCGUGAUGGAAGGAAUGAAGAGAAGUGACAGCGUAUCACAACAUGCCGACUUGAACCUCCUAACUUCUGAGAAUGGCUCAGAUUCUGAUGAGAGACGAAUGGGACCGGGUCUAAGAGAGGUCCACGACACUCCGCCAGUGAGUGAAAAGUCAGAGGAGGGCAGAAAGGUAGAGACAGACCCGCAGGUUACUGCGGCAGGGCCAGAGCCAUGUUUUGAACCCCAAAUUGCCCGCUACGAAACAGAACUUUUGUCAAAUGAUGAGAGGACUGUUGUUGGCAAAGAAGAGAUGAUGAUGAGGCAGAAUAUUGAAAGAAGUGAACCGAAUGAAGUGCAGAACCAGAGAGAGAUGGAAGAUGGGACUACGGCAGUGGACAAGGAACAGGAUUCUACCACUGAAGAAGAAAAUCUCAGUAAGAAGGAAAUUACAACAAACAAAGUAUCAGCUGAGGAAACGUGGCAGGAAGAUGGUUCUGAAGCAGUUACAGAAGACGGUAAAGAAGAGGGACAUAACAGGGAGGUGCUGAUAAAGAACGCUGAAACAGGAGCACAGAGAGCUCGGCUUGAAGAUGGAGACAAACACGAUGAGCCAGAGGUAGUGGAAAUCGCAACCAAAACACGAAAUGAGGAUGCCGUGGAAAUCAAGAGCCCGGAAGUUUCAGGAAUAUCUGGAAAUCUCCUCUAUGAGACAAUGCUCGACAACGAAUCAAAAGCAGCAGGGACGAUUGCUCCAACGGGUGAGAAGUUGGCUGACGCGGAGAAGGGCUGUAUCGAAGAAGAACGGGUUUUAAGUGAACAAGUGAGAACAGUCCUCAUGCCCCUGGCAGUUGAGAUAAAACCCAAUGGCAACAAUGGAGAGGAAACGAGUGGGGAGCUGAACAUCAGUUCCCCGGGGACGAGCGGUGAGCCUGUUGUUUUUCCUGAGAAGCUGACGUCUACCGUGUGUGGGGCAAAUCAAGAGGGGGUUCCUGGAGUUUACAAUGGCCACUGGCAAGAAGACGAUGGGACUCAAAGGAUGACGGGAGGAGGGGAUUCCACACAAAACCAGACCACCCAGUUACCAGAAGGGCCAGGGAACUUCCGCAACAUAGCUGGUAGCACUGAAGGGGAUCAUAUCCUGGUGACAGAACACGAAAUAGACCGACUGGACUCACAACUGAAAAGCUCUGGGGGCAUUGUGACUGACUUUGAUAUGGUUGUGAAGGGGCAGUCUGAGAUCUGGCACCUAAUAGACGCAGAAUUACCCAGGAAUACAGAGAGACCACCAGCUGAACCGAUGAAUGUCGAAGCAGCUCAGCUAUCAAGACAGGCAGCUGUGGAAGAAGCAGGACCUGUGAUUGCAUCACUGGAAAUGGCAGCCAGACAGCCAAGUGAGGGUUACAGGGCAGAGAAAGAACCAAGUGUUAUGGCUGAAAAGAUCUUGGUUGAGCCAUUGCUUGCCGUGGAGUUAAGCAGAUCCACCGUGGCUGCACCUGGAGACGGUGUCAGGACGGGAGAUGGAGUCUGCAGUGCAUCUGGAAUAGAAGAAGACGAGCCCAGAUUGACAGGAGAUGUUGUGAAAUUAUCCGAGACUAAAUUCGAGAAGAUAACGGGGACGAGGUUCUUGAAUGAAUCGGAGGACGUCGUGGUGUCAGAGCGGAGCCAUGGCUUGGCCACCAAUUCACCAACGGACGGCGAUGAAACUGAGGGGUUGGAACUGUCGGCGCCGACUUGGCAAACGUCAGGUGAGGAUCAAAAUGUAGAGCCACACGAUUCUGCAAAAGUGAUACCAGAUUGGAAGUUAAAUCUUAAAGAAGUGACAGAAUCUGAAGAGGAGGAGAAAGCAGUGGAAAAUGAAUGGAGGAAUAGAGCUGACGAGGAAGAUUGGAGACUGUCGACAUUGGGGGAAACAGCUGGAUUAUUCAAGAAACAAGGAAGAGAAAUGCCUUUGACGGGAGGAUUUAAGAUUGCAGAUAAUUCCAACACAGAGCUCUCCGGGUCAGCGAAGACAAACCUGUCAGACAUGUCACCCGACGUGAACCAUGGAAAAACGAUGAUGACAGUCACCAAAUUGCCUGAGGACACAAUGAAAUUUGAGUCAAAACCAGAAGACACGGUUGUGAUGUCAGCGGAAGAGGAAAAGACAGCAGACAGACAAACUGCAAAGGUGACAGAAAUAGCUGAAAGGAAUGAUGAAGAAACUGACCCGACAGUUACGGGACUCUCCAGUGAGACAGAUGAGGAAAUACUUGAGAUGUGGACCAAGGCUGUGUUGUCAGAGGACAAUGACGAUGAAGACGAGGCCACAACUCUUAUCCAAACGAGAAAAAGGGAAGCCAUGAAGAAGCCUGGGGCACAGACUGCUGCAGAAUUGCUCCCAUCAAACGUGGAACCAGACCAAGAGCUGUCAGCACAGACGGAUGAAGACGAGCCACUGCGUUCUAGAUUAGUGAGUGGGGCAAAAAUGACAACUUCGUCAACAUCAGAAUCGGGAUUUUCUGAUUGGUCCCAAAUUGGUCAGAUGGCACCAGAGAAUGAGACGCAUCUGCUGACGUCAGAUUAUGCGGGAAAACCCCCAGACACAGCUGAGAUGGGGGAGAUGUUUGUGUCUGAGUUGUCUACGAUGCAAUCUGAGGUGACGGAGGGAAAAGCUGAACCAGAACAGUUGCAUGUCGAGGAGGAUCAGCCAUCCCGUACGUUGGCAGUGCAGAAAAUACGCCAGGUGGAGACGAGAGCUGUCUUGUCAGAGGAACAGUGUAACAAUCUGCCAAAUGAACCACAAGAAAACAGAGGCACAGAAAAUACUGAAUCGGUGGAGGUCAAGGUGACCGAUCCUGACGUUCCAGAAUCCAAACCAGGGAAAAAGCCGGGCCGGGUGGACGCUGAGGGAAAGGAGGCUAACUCACGUGCAGAGAUAGACUCUGUUUUUGUCAGAGGCGAGCCUGUGAAACAUGGCGAUGGGCCUCGUGAGAAGGUUGUGCGUAUCAUUCCAGAUGGGAUGGAAGAGAAUGAUUUAGGACCGGUAAACGAAAGGGUGGAAACUGACUCCUUUCCUCCCGGGGAAAGAGGUGAGUCAGAGGCCCACUUAGGGGAAAGACUUGUGGGUAGGGAAUCUGGUGGCCACGCAUGUCUUAACUUCCAGGAAAAGCUGCGCGAGGUUCGCGUCCUGGACGAGGCCCAUCCGGAGAGGUCAAAGGUCACGUCUGGGUGGAAUGCAGGAGAUCGGGCUAAGUUAAACGCCUCCGUUCUGGACUUCACCGCUCAAAAGUCGAGGAUUGCUGUGAAAAACCCGUCGGCAAGACCACCGAAAGAUCCACGCUCCCUCCUUCACAAGCCCUCUGUGGAUCCCACACCCCCAAAGCCUUCUGGGAAGCUGCCUGCCAAAGGUCUGACAGGUGUGCCGUUGGGAGGUGUCGGCAUUGGAAUUAAACUGCCAGGUCUUGGAGCUGGUCCUCCAGUCUUAAAGAAGACACAAAAGGUGUUGAGAGAUCAAACUAAGGCGGAGAGCUCCUCACAGGAGGCCGAGGCGGGAGACGAGUCCGCUGAAUCAGAGGAGAUGGAACACAAACCCAAAUGGAUUCCCCCGAACCAACCGGGAUUUGGAAACCCGUUCAUGUCUGAGCUCAAGAACAAACUGAACAAACCCACGGAAGACUGAGAGGAGGAGGACUCCCAUCUGUAAAUAUCGGACUUUUGGUGUAAAGCGGAGAUUCCACCGGAUGUAUUUAUCACAAACAAUUUGAUACAGAGCCUAAAUUGUUUAUCUUUUGAAACUUUUUUCUCCUUUUUUUUAUUUUUAGUUUAAUAAAACGUGGC